UAAUUGGAUUAUAGUAAAGAAUUACUAAUGACGGAAUCUAAGCAAAAUUCAUGGUGUGGACGCCAUGACAAGCCACGCGAGUUUGCCAAGCAUCAGCCCAUCAUAUGCUAUGACAAGCCGGCUUCCGCUCUUGUUUCCAAAGAAGAAUACGAUAAUAAACGCUAUGAAGCGUUAACUGGCGAGCUCGUGGAGACAUUGGUGGUGCCCAAGCGUGAGGCGCGCACCUGGACCAUGCUAACAGGUGAUCUGUGCCGCAUAACAGUGCACGAGGGCUCCCAGGUAGGGGAUGUCAAUUUCUGGAACUUGGACAAUCGCCAAGAACGCUUCUAUUCGGGAAAAACACGCCAGCUGCACGGAGCACAUCUGAGGGUGUAUGACAGAUUGUGGAGCUGCCUGCCCUACCUGCGCCCCAUGGCCACCUUCGUAUUUGACACCCUUGCCCAAUAUGGCAUCGAUGAGGACGGCGGCGCUCUGCACGAUGUUAUCGGCACUCGCUGUGACGACUACACCUACAAGCUGAUCACCGGGCAAGAGCGUGUGGGCAGCUGUCACAGCUCCCUCGUCAAAGCUGUUGUGGAGGAGCGUGGCAUGACCGAGCAGGAUGUGCACGAUGUAUGGAAUAUUUUCAUGUGCACUGGCUUCACCAGAGACACUGAACAGUAUUUCUGCAAGCCCAGCCCCGCCCAGAAGGGCGAUUUCAUUGAGUUUAUUGCCGACAUGAAUCUGUUGGUGGCACUAAGUGCCUGUCCCCAAGGUGAUGUAUCCAUUCCAGUAGGUGUUCAAGUGCCCGACGAGAAAUGUCAUCCAUUGAAAGUUGAGAUAUUUCGCAAAAAAUGAUUG